AUGGUUCCUUGCACCGACCCCAUCACUCAAGCCCAAGGGCAAACCGGCGAGGACGUAGAAGCCCCGAUCGACCAGAAGGAACUGCACGAAGCCGCUCACUCCUGUCUGAUAGACUAUGGCACCCCCUUCCACAAAAACAUCAUAGUCCGCGCCGAAGGACUCUACAUUUACACUCCUGAAAACCACAAAAUGCUAGACUGGACCUCCGGACAAAUGUCAUGCCUUCUGGGUCACGGCAACCCGGAAAUAGUCAACGUGAUCUCCCAUCAUGCCGCAAAACUCGACCAUUUGUUCAGUGGGAUGUUGAGUCCGCCGGUUAUCAACCUGGGGAAGAGACUUACGGCUUUAACCCCACCCGGGUUGGACAAGGCUAUCUUUUUGAGUACGGGAGGGGAGAGCAAUGAAUUUGCUAUCAGGAUUGCUAAGUUUUAUACCGGCAAGUUUGAGGUCGUGGGGUUGAGUGCUAGUUGGCAUGGGGUUACUGCUGCGGCGAUUGGUGCGCAGUAUCAUUCUGGGAGAGCGGGGUAUGGACCAGUCAUGCCGGGUAACUUUGCCCUCCCGGCACCAAAUGCCUAUCGAUCCAUAUUCCGCCAUCCAGACGGCACUUACGACUGGCAAACCGAACUUUCCUACGGCUUCUCCCUUAUCGACCGUCAAUCAUGUGGUUCCUUAGCAGCAGUAAUCGUUGAGCCGAUCUUAAGUUCUGGCGGCAUGCAUCCUCUCCCCGCCGGGUACCUAAAAGCUUUGAAAAAGCAUUGCGAAGCUAGAGGAAUGCUUUUAAUCAUCGAUGAAGCCCAGACAGCUAUUGGUCGUGCGGGUGAUAUGUUCGCAUUCCAACAUUACGCGGAAGAUGAAGGUGUUGUUCCCGAUGUUCUUACAUUGAGCAAAACCUUGGGGAAUGGGAUUGCUUUGAGCGCUGUGGUUGUUAGCGAUGCUAUUGCGGAGAAGACGGCAAAGGAUGGGUUUAUGUAUUACACGACACAUUUGAAUGAUCCGCUACCUGCAGCCGUUGGAGAUAAAGUAUUGGAGAUAGUAGAGAGGGAUGGAUUGGUCGAACGGUCUAGAGAGCUUGGGAAGGUGUUACAGAAGGGAUUGUUGAGAUUACAGGAGCGGUAUGGGUGUAUUGGGGAUGUUAGAGGGAGGGGUCUAAUGGCUGGAGUGGAGAUUGUGACAGAUAGGGUUACAAAGACACCAGGGUUUGAUCUGGGGAACAGGAUCGGAGAGAGGAUGGCUGAUUUAGGGGUUUGGGCGCAGUUGGGCACACAUCAAAGUUUUGCUGGGGUGUUUAGGAUUGCACCGCCGAUUACGAUUACUGAAGAAGAGUUGGAGGAAGGAUUGGAAAUUAUGGAGGAGGCGUUUGCGAGUACGGAGGGUUCUUUGCCGCUUUAUUAA